AUGCUGUUUGGGUACGUCCAUACAAAAGACGGCUGUCUUAUUCCUACGGUGCCAUUGCCAAGUUCCUGCCACAAUUGGCCCAUCGGUAUCUUCAAUGCGGACGCCUGCGCCGCGGUUCAGAACGAGUGCACCGACACGACGUCAUUCAUCUACUAUGCCCCCACCGAGGUGAUGAACCCCUACUUUCAGAACCAGAUCUCUACUCGAUUAAAGGUCGAUAUCGUCGCGGGGCUGGACUUCGCGCAUGAGCACAACGUCCGUCUAGUCAUCAAGAAUACCGGACAUGACUUCGCUGGUAAAUCCGCCAGCAAAGCGUCCCUCUCCCUCUGGAUGCACAACGUCAAUACUACCGAGAUCAUCCUCAACCUCACCUUGACGCUACCACCCAACAAACCCAUCUCCAAAGCAGCUCCAAUGUCAUCCUCAUUCUCGACCUGGUUCCUCAAGGGCAUCGGCCCUGGAAAUGUUAUCACUCUUUAUAAACCCCGCUCUUCCCAGUGGAAGAUCCUCGAGAAGCUGAGCGAGAAGGAGGCCUAG